AUGGCCCUUUCUUUGCUGCUGAAAGUGCUGUCGCACCUCGACUUUGCCAACGCGCCACAUCAGCUCGUGGCUACCAUUGUAGCCACUGCCACCCUGAGGAGCAGCCAAGGCAUACUUUGGGCUCUCUUGGACAUGGGCUUGAGUACACACGAGUACGCAAACACCGUGGAUGAGGCGAUGUGGUUUCCCUGCUCUCUGCCUCAGGCGCUCUCUGUCUUGCCUCGCUGGUCUAGAUAUGCCUGUCAUGCGCAUGAGGCACAUGUGCAGCUGUUCCGCGCGCAAGCAUCCCCACCAAGCCUAAUACCCACCUCUUUGAACAGAGAGAAGCAUGCAACCAGGGCAACACCAGCAUCUGCUGACCUCGAUGUGUCGCGCAUCGACCUGUUCGACGCCACCAGAGCAGACCACGCACUAACUCGGGACACUGCAAAGUGUUAUAUUCAGCCUGGAGAGUCAGAAGACCAAGAUGAUGUCCUCGAACGCUCCAUGGAAAUGGCUCUUCAUCGCGUCAAGAAAGCAGAUGCGGAGCGCGUGGCCAUGGAGCGUGAAUUUCAAGAGCAGUAUGAGCGUGUUCAUCACCUACAGUAUGAGCAUGAGUGCUUUGUUGCGGAAUUGGACCAACUGUCAUCUGUUAAGGAACAGCUGCGCGAGGCUGUGAGUGUGGCGCAUGGCGAGCGAGCACGGCGUGAGGAGGCUGUGGUCGAGCUUUUGGCCUUGCGGACUCGCUCCAGCGAACGAACUUUGAAGUUGGAGGCUUCAGAGAAGCAACUGGCUGAAGCCAAGAACAAGUGUGAAGCCAAGGAUCAGCAGUGCACUUUGACUCACGCGGUUCAAUGUGGCUCUGAUAGAACCUACGCCAGACCAUAA